GCUUGAAAGGAAAAAAGAGAAGAAGAGGAGGAGUGAGGAAGGAUUGGGGAGCAGCAGGAAAUGUUUGUGUGGUUUAAAUCCGAACCAGAGUCUCUUCUGAAAGCAGUCGGCGAGUCCAGGAGGAGAUUCAGCAACAACAUGGUCAGCCGAGUGGAACAUCCUGCUGCAGGUUACCGGAAGAUCUUUGAGACGGUGGAGGAACUAAAUGAGCCGAUUUCUGCAGAAAUAACUGGUGUUUUCCCGUUGUGGCUCAGAGGAAGCCUCCUACGGAUGGGUCCGGGUCUUUUCGAGAUCGGGGACGAACCAUUCCACCAUUUGUUUGACGGACAAGCUCUGAUCCACAAGUUUGACCUGAAGGGUGAUCAGGUGACGUACUUCAGAAAGUUCAUCAGGACGGAUGCUUAUGUUCGGGCCAUGACAGAAAACCGGGUCGUCAUCACAGAGUUCGGCACCACUGCCUAUCCAGACCCCUGCAAAAACAUUUUCUCCAGGUUCUUUACGUACUUCAGAGGCAUCGAAGUGACAGAUAACUGCUUAGUAAACGUUUAUCCGAUCGGCGAGGAUUUUUAUGCCGUCACAGAAACAAACUUCAUCACCAAAGUGGAUCCAGAUUCACUGGAGACACUGAAGAAGGUGGAUCUGUGUAAAUAUCUGUCCAUUAACGGAGUCACAGCGCAUCCCCACGUUGACGCAGACGGUUCGCUCUACAACAUCGGAAACUGCUUCGGCAAAAACAUGAGUCUGGCGUACAACAUCGUCAAGAUCCCGCCGGCACAGAAAGAUAAAUCAGAUCCCAUUGAGAAAUCCCAAGUUGUGGUCCAACUUCCCAGCAGUGAAAGAUUAAAGCCUUCAUACAUCCACAGUUUUGGUAUGACUGAGAACUACUUUGUGUUUGUGGAGCAGCCGGUGAAGAUCAACCUGCUCAAGUUUCUGUCGUCUUGGAGCGUCAGAGGAGCAACGUACAUGGACUGCUUUGAAUCCAACGAAAACAUGGGGACGUGGUUCCACUUGGCCACUAAGGAUCCUGCAGAUUACAUGACAAACCACAAAUUCAGAACCUCGGCUUUCAACCUGUUUCACCACAUCAACGCCUACGAAGACCAGGGAUUCAUCGUGGUCGACCUCUGCACAUGGAAAGGACAUGAUUUUGUGUACAACUACCUGUACCUGGCCAACCUAAGGCAGGAGUGGGAGGAGGUGAAGAAAGCGGCGAUGCGUGCGCCUCAGCCGGAGGUCAGACGAUACGUUCUGCCGUUGGAUAUUCACAGGGAAGAACAAGGCCGAAACCUCGUGUCUCUGUCCUACACGACAGCAACCGCCGUCCUCCACAGCGACGGAUCCAUCUGGCUGGAGCCUGAAGUUCUGUUCUCUGGACCAAGACAGGCCUUCGAGUUUCCACAGAUUAACUACUCCAAGUGUUGUGGAAAGAAAUACUCAUUCGCAUACGGCCUCGGACUCAACCACUUCAUCCCUGACAGGAUCGUCAAGCUGAACGUCCAGACCAAAGAGAUGUGGGUGUGGCAGGAGGAGGACUGUUACCCAUCAGAGCCGCUGUUUGUUCCCACACCUGGAGCCACGAAGGAAGACGAAGGCGUGUUGCUGAGUGUUGUGGUGAAGCCGGGCGCAGAGAGACCAGGUUUCCUGCUGGUUCUGGACGCCAUGAUGCUAACGGAGCUAGCUCGGGCCGAAGUCAACACCGUCAUCCCUGUCACUUUACACGGGAUGUACAAACCUCCUCCUUCACCCUAAACUCACCAGUUAAUCCCCGUUUUCUACUUAUUGAUGAUAGUGAUACAUUCAGAACAGUUUUUAAAUCAAAUACCACUCUGGUUACUGCUAAGGUUUCAGUAAUGACACGGAUUUAAAGCUACAGAGCAGCAGGACGUUAUUAAUUUUUUGUUUCAUGUAAUCAAAAUCAAAGAAAAACUACUGGCUUUGGAAAUUAAAAGGCACAAUUUCAAGCCUGUUAUGUUUGUUUUUUAGUUCACUUUUAGCUUUGUUGUCAGCGGUAGGCAUAUUUCCGCUAAACUGCUAAAAGUAAAGCUAAUUUUUCUUUUUUAUUUAAAGAUUUACAAGCAAGGCAGUAAUGCAAAUACAAAUAAGUAUUAGGAAACAGAUGAGAAAUUAAAAGCAUAAGUGCAGAAUGGAAAAUAAAUAAAUGAAUAAAAACAUUGAAAAUUGGAUAAUUUCAGACUCCUAAAAUGCUAAAUUAUGUUCUACAAUCAUCUCAAUGCAUUUCUUAGCAUUAGGGUUCACCAUGAAUUUUACAUAACAUAGAAACUCAUUGAGAAAAACACAAAACCUGGGAAACAUUUUCUUACAUUUGUAUUUGUGUAUAUGAUUUU